AUGGUGGAUAAGCCGUCUUGGCGCAUACUUGCCUACGAUAUAGAGUGUACCAAAGAACCUUUGAAGUUUCCAGACGCGGAGAAAGACUCUAUCUUAAGGCAACAUCAGUUAUUUCAUACAUUUACGCUUCAUUUUGCGCGUAUCAAGAAGAACGAGAAACGUGCCAGAUGUGAGAAGCAAAUAUGAAUGGUUUCAGCCUUUAACAGUCUCUCUGAUUUCGCUGAUGGCGGACGGUCUUGGUUUUCUCAUCGUAAACCGGGAGAUCGUAGCAGAGGACAUCGACGAUUUCGAGUAUACUCCAAAACCCGAGUACGAAGGUAUAUUCAAGAUCUACAACGAACCGAAUGAAAAAGCGACGUUGCUGCGCUUUUUUGAAUUGAUUCGAGAUGUGGGACCACACGUUAUCACAACGUUUAACGGUGACUUCUUCGAUUUCAACUUUAUACGGAUUCGUGCCGACCUCUUGAUGGGCGAGUACGAAGGCAAAGAUUAUGGCUUCCCCUAUUCCAUUUCCGGAAGCACCUUAGAGACGUUCCCAAAGGGAGAACGGUCGCAGGAUGAGCUUCGACUUGGAUUCGGGUGAGGUCUAAAAAGAGCAGCCCGCGUGGUCGACGGUGAUGUACAAGGAAGUAGGUAUUGGUCAGGAACGCCAAGGCUACUACACUGGUAAGUGGAUCACGCACUUGGAUUGCUACGCGUGGGUGCAACGAGACUCCUAUUUGCCAAUGGGGAGUCGAGGUUUGAAGGCAGUCACCCGGUACAAGCUGAAGUACGAUCCUGUCGAAGUCGACCCCGAGUUGAUGACACCAUACUGCACGGAGCGGCCACAGGAACUGGCGGAAUACUCGGUCUCCGAUGCGGUCGCGACGUACUACCUCUUCAUGAAGUACAUUCACGAUUUCAUUUUCGCGUUGUGCUCUAUUAUCCCUUAUCCACCAGACGACGUGCUCCGGAAGUUAAGCCUCAAACCAUUUGUUCAUUUCAUUUUUACCCGUACAACAGAUAUGACGGUGCUUCUA